AUGCCAAUUGGCAACGUAAGAACCGAUACUACGGUGACCAGCCUUCGACCGACCGACCCACUGGCGACCCACUCAGUACCCACCCAUAGUGGCCAAAGGGAGUUUCGAAUUGCCCGUACGACUCGACCGAACUCGGACAUCAUUGUUGCUAGACUUACUAAAAAUGUCACUUGCAGUUAUGAUAGACUCGCCUUCUUACAGUCGCUCCAACCGAACAUUUUAUUGAUGGUCACUGUAACUGACAAGUCAGACAGUGCGCGGGCGCACAUUCACUUAGCACUAACCCUCUUCCUAAUAACGGACGACGUUGCACCUUUCGGCGUUUCAGAUUGUGUGCAGUUAUUUCGCGGGACAUUUGUUUCGACUCUACCCUUCGGCAAGAAGACACCAUUUUGUCUGAUGUCUCCGGAGACUUACCCUCUUCUAUCUCCGCGUAGGAGAGUGAGUCGAGAAGCGUUAAUGAGCGCAGCGUUCGUCGGAUUCUCAGCUAUGUUACUGAAUCGGCUUUUGUCGGCGCGACACGACUUUUUGCGAUGGCCGAUGAUAACAAUAAGCGCGCCGAGGAGUGGGAUGCGAAAUUCUAAAGAGAUAAUAAGAAACGUGAUAAUGCGUUGUUAA